AACUUUUGUUCGCCGCUUAGUGGCGUUUGGCAAAUAGUCGCGGUUUGUUUGCCGCUCAAAGCAAUAGUUCUAUUUUCGGCGCAUCGGCAUUUAUACGCGCGCGUCUCCAUACAAUAAAGUUCCUCGCAUUAGCUGUAGUACUAGUUUGGCUUUUGUUGUUAUCCUAGAAUAUUUCUCCAGCGCAAUGUCCUUAAUAUCGCGCACGCUAUUACGCCGCCUGCUGCUGCUGCUUACUUUCGUUUUUCUUGCCUUCAAUGUUGUAUUUGUGACGGGCGCGGUGCAGCGCACGCUGGAAGAGGCUCGUCAGGAGCGUCAACGUCUGGUACAAAAGUAUAUUAAGACGCUGAAUAAGGAGGAGGGCGCCAUACGGUUGGUAGGCGGCGAAACGGAAUACGAAGGCAACAUCGAAGUUCUGCACAAUAACAAAUGGGGCGCCAUUUGUGACGAUGAAUGGGAUGCGCUUGAGGGACGUGUGGUCUGCCGACAAUUGGGAUAUCCUGGUUUGCGGCGUGUCACGCACGAUGGUUACUUUGGUUUGGCGCGACGCCGCUUCUGGAUGGAUAAUAUGUAUUGCGAGGGUAAUGAACAGGAGCUCACCGACUGCCACUUCGAAGGCUGGGGUACAAACGAUUGCGAGGCUAAUGAAGCGGCCGGUGUGGUAUGUGAGAGUCCAGAAACGGAACAUAUCACAGAGGCGCCCGCACCACAAUCAUUACCGAAAUUUACGCUACCGCAUGCUUAUCGCAUCGAACUGCGGCUACGUGGUGGACGACGUGCCAAUGAAGGACGUGUGGAGGUGCGUAUCGAUAAUGGACGCUGGGGUACCAUAUGUUCGGAUGGUUGGUCACUGCUGGAAGCGAAUGUGGUAUGUCGUCAACUGGCGCUGGGUUUUGCGCGUGAUGCAUUGCAGUCAGACUAUUUUGGUGGUUUGGAUAUAGCGCCGGCUGUAUUGAGCGGCACCGAGUGUUAUGGUAAUGAGACUACGUUGGCGCAGUGUCUACAUCACGAUCACCUACGACCACCGACGGAAUGUCAUGGUGACCGUAAUCAUGUAGCGGUCGUGGCAUGUGACCACCUAGCGCCUGAUUUGGUUGUGGAUUUCUAUGAGCUCGAACGUACCGCACACUUGGAAGAUCGUCCGAUGGCGCUGAUGCAGUGUGCGAUGGAAGAGAAUUGUGUGGCAAAUGAAGCUUACGACAUACAACGCGACGAUCCGAAUUGGCGUUAUGUCACACGUCGGUUGCUUAAGUUCACAGCGAGUACGCUGAAUGCGGGCAACACCGAUUUCCGACCGUUCAAAGAAAAACAUCUCUGGGAGUGGCACAUGUGUCAUAUGCAUUAUCACAGUAUGGAAGUCUUUGCCACAUUCGACGUCUUCGACCUAUUGGGCAGCAAAGUCGCUCAAGGGCACAAAGCCUCAUUCUGUUUGGAGGACAAUCAAUGCCUGUCGGGCGUGCCUAAGAAGUAUAACUGUGCUAAUUUCGGCGAUCAAGGCAUUUCGGUUAACUGCUCUGACAUUUAUCUCUACAAUUUAGAUUGCCAAUGGGUGGAUAUCUCCGAGUUGGACACUGGCAGUUAUAUUCUGAAAAUUUCUGUGAAUCCAGAGUUCAAAGUGGCUGAAAUGAGUUAUGAUAACAAUGCAGCGGUGUGCAAUCUUUUAUACACCGACACUUAUGCUCGCGUGGAUGGCUGUCGACUGGCCAGACCUUAAGAAAAUGUUUUCCUAAGCAUGUAUGCUUUAUUAUAAAUUGAAAAAAUUCUUGCUCGGGGAAUUCCAUCACCUCCUCAAUAGUGCCAAAUUACACAUAACUGAUGGAACAUGUAAAGCCAAAUACAAUAAAGAGUAAUUUUUAUUUUUAAAUGUAGAAAAA